GUGGCUGGGGGUGCGGCAGAGAGCCCCACUCCAUGAUGCGGGGCCUGAGCACAGGGCAGAGCCUCGGCGUGGAAACCUUCAUCCUGGGGACCCGCGCUCCCAACGUCCGGCCAGGCUGCGUCGCAGCUUAAGGAGGGCGCGGUUCUGCGGCGGUGCGCCCACCCCGAUCCCAACGGGUUCCGACGCCCCGAUCCACGAUCCUUGCGCGCGCCCGGCCCCGUCUCCGCCCCGACGUGCCCCCGCGCGCCGCGCCCCCCGCCCACCCGGCACGCCCCGCCGCCCCGCCCGGCCGCAGCGGGCCUGCAGCUGCCCCGCGGGCCUGAGCGACCCUCGCCGCGGCAGCGUCCUCCUCUGCCGCUCGCCGCCAUGGACGUGUACCCCCCGCACCGGCUUGGGUUGCCCCGCGCGCGGUCCCCCGGCGGCUCCGGCCGCGGGUCGCCCUCCGUCAGCUGCAGCCGACUCCGCCAGGUUCAGAGCAUCUUGACCCAGAGCAGCAAGUCUCGACCUGAUGGGAUCCUCUGCAUCCUAGGAAUCGAUAGCAGGUACAAUGGAGGCUGCAGAGAGCUGGCAAACUAUCUUCUGUUUGGUUUGUACAAUCAAAAUACAAGUGAUUUUGAGAAAACGGGGUUUUCUGAAGAAGUUCUAGAUGAUGUAAUUAUAUUGAUUAAAUCAGAUAGUGUCCACCUGUACUGUAAUCCUAUAAACUAUCGCUAUCUCUUACCUUAUGUGGCACAUUGGAGAAAUCUGCAUUUCCACUGCAUGACUGAAAAUGAGUAUGAAGAUGAGGAAGCUGCAGAAGAAUUUAAAAUUGCCAGCUUUGUGGACAUGGUUCGAGACUGUAGUAGAAUUGGCAUUCCUUACAGCUCCCAAGGUCACUUGCAGAUAUUUGAUAUGUUUGUAGUAGAGAAAUGGCCAAUUGUACAGGCCUUUGCACUUGAGGGCAUUGGAGGGGAUGGAUUUUUUACCAUGAAAUAUGAGUUGCAGGAUGUGAGUUUGAGUCUAUGGAAUGUCUACAGCAAGAUGGAUCCUAUGUCUCUGGAGAGUUUGCUUUCAGAAGAUUUAGUGGCUUUUGAACAUCAGUGGACUAGCUUCUUUGCUAAUUUUGAUACAGAAAUUCCUUUCCUGCUGGAACUUUCUGAAUCUCAGGCGGGUGAGCCAUUCAGAAGUUACUUCAGUCAUGGAAUGAUCUCCAGCCAUAUAACUGAAAACAGCCCUAAUAGGCAGCCAUUCGUUCUCUUUGGUAAUCACUCCACACGAGAAAAUCUGAACGCUGGCAACUUUAACUUCCCUUCUGAAGGGCAUCUGGUACGCAGCACUGGUCCCAAUGGGAGCUUUGCCAAACACAUGGUAGUACAGUGCGUCUCACCAAAGGGACCCCUUGCUUGUUCAAGAACAUACUUUUUUGGGGCUACUCACGUUCCUUACUUGGGUGAUGAGAAUAAGCUGCCCAAGAAAACUGAACAAAUUAGGCUCUUGUCCCAGGUGUACGCUGCUGUUAUACAGGCUGUUUUGGCUGGCAUUGCAUGUUAUGCUAAAACUUCCAGUCUAACAAAGGCAAAGGAGGUAGCUGAGCAGACCCUGGGAUCUGGGUUAGAUUCCUUUGAGUUGAUGCAGUUUAAGGCAGCCCUACGCUCCAAGAUGGCUUUUCAUAUCCAUGCUGUGAAUAAUCAGGGAAGGAUUGUGCCUCUGGACAGUGAAGAUAGCUUAUACUUCGUGAAAACAGCUUGUAUGACUGUAUAUGACAUUCCUGACUUACUGGGAGGAAGGGGGUGCUUAGGGUCUGUGGUCUUCUCAGAAUCCUUUUUGACGUCUCAGAUCUUGGUUAAAGAAAAGGAUGGCACUGUUACCACAGAAACCAGCUUCAUAGUCCUGACAGCCGCCAUACCCAGAUUCUGCUCCUGGCUGGUAGAAGAUAAUGAAGUAAAAUUGUCUGAGAAAACCCAGCAAGCAGUGAAGGGGGAUGCCUGUUUCCUGGGUACUUUUCUAACAGGAGGAGAAGGAGCAUAUCUUUAUUCCAGCAAUCCACAUUCUUGGCCUGAGGAAGGGAAAGUGCACUUCUUCUCUAGUGGUCUUCUGUUUUCUCACCGUCAUCACGGAAGUAUCGUCCUUUCCAAGGAUCACAUGAAUGCCAUUUCCUUCUAUGAUGGGGAUUCCACAAGUGUUGUUGCUGCCCUUCUGAUAGACUUCAAAAGCUCGUUGCUUCCUCAUCUCCCAGUUCAUUUCCAUGGAUCAGGCAAUUUUCUGAUGAUUGCCCUUUUCCCCAAAUCAAAGAUAUACCAAGCAUUUUACUCAGAGGUCUUCUCCCCCUGGCAGCAGCAGGCUAACUCAGGGCUGUCUUUAAAAGUGAUCCAGGAAGAUGGAUUAUCUGUGGAACAAAAGAGAUUACACUCCAAUGCCCAGAAGCUCUUCAGUGUCCUGGGCCAUUCUCCUGGGGAGAAACAGAGUCCUCUAAAGCUACUCCCAGCCAAACUUCCAGAGCUAGACUGGUUUCUUCAGCAUUUCGCCAUCAGCAGCAUUAGUCAGGAGCCUGUGAUGAGGACCCAUCUCCCUGUCCUGCUGCAGCAAGCUGAAAUCAGCCCUACUUACCGAGUAGAAAAUGACAAGGUAAUUAUCAGCAUUGUAACUGGCCUCCCAGGCUGUCAUGCUAGCGAGCUCUGUGCUUUUCUGGUCACUCUGCAUAAGGAAUAUGGCAGGUGGAUGGUAUACCGCCAAAUCAUGGAUAGCUCCGAAUGUUUUCAUGCUGCCCACUUCCAAAGAUACCUUUCCAGUGUCCUGGAGGCUCAGCAGAACCGCUCUGCCCGCCAGUCAGCCUACAUCCGCAAAAAGACCCGACUGCUAGUGGUGUUGCAAGGCUACACAGAUGUUAUUGAUGUCGUCCAGGCCCUGCAGACCCAUCCAGACUCAAAGGUCAAGUCCUCCUUCACCAUUGGUGCCGUCACGGUGUGCGUGGAGCCCCUGAGCUGCUACAUGGAGCACAGAUUUCUCUUUCCUAAAUGUCUUGACCAGUGUUCACAAGGCCUGGUGAGUAAUGUGGUGUUUACCAGUCACACCACGGAGCAGAGGCACCCUCUCCUUGUCCAGCUGCAGAGCCUCAUCAGGGCUGCCAGUCCUACUGCAGCCUUCAUUCUUGCAGAAAAUGGGAUUGUCACCAGGAAUGAAGACAUUGAGCUGAUUCUCUCAGAAAAUAGUUUUUCAAGUCCUCAGAUGCUACGAUCUCGAUAUUUAAUGUACCCUGGCUGGUAUGAAGGUAAAUUUGAUGCUGGAUCAGUCUUUCCACUAAUGGUUCAGAUCUGCGUAUGGUUUGGUCGUCCCUUGGAGAAGACUCGCUUCGUGGCCAAGUGUAAAGCAAUUCAGUCUUCCAUCAAGCCAAGUCCCUUCUCUGGAAACAUCUACCACAUCCUCGGCAAAGUGAAGUUUUCAGACUCUGAGAAGGCCAUGGAGGUCUGCCAUAACACUCUGGCCAAUUCUUUGAGCAUUGUCCCUGUUUUGGAGGGACCCUCGCCACCGCCUGACUCCCGAAGCACACCUCAAGAAAGCAACGGGCAGCAGGAAUGUUACCUCGUGUUCAUCGGCUGCUCCCUGAAGGAAGAAAGCGUCAAGGACUGGCUGCGGCAGUCAGCUAAGCAGCUCCGUUGGGACCUGACCCCUCCCUCCCUACAUCUCUGCACAGAAGCCUCAGAGGAAAGCCCUGAAGACCAGGGGAAUGCUGACUCAGCAGGAGAUCAGGAAUAUCCACGUGAAACGCCACCUGGACCCCCUGCCCGCAGGCUACUUUUACAAUGGCACCCAGUUUGUCAACUUCUUUGGUGACAAGACUGAUUUUCACCCACUCAUGGACCAGUUCAUGAAUGACUACGUGGAAGAAGCCAACCGGGAAAUUGAGAAGUAUAACCGAGAGCUGGAACAGCAGGAGUAUCAUGACCUCUUUGAGCAGAAGCCCUAGGGGAAGGCUGGGCCAUACAUCCUGGAGAACGUCCACCCUGGAGGUGGACGUUUAAAAAUGGGGUUACUUAACCUCAGCUCUCCCAGAGGCCCUCCCUAAAGGGGCUGUCUUUCUUCUUCUUGGCCUUUGUGUACUGGCUUGAGUGCAUGUUGUCUUUAUUCUCUAUACAGCGCUGAAGAGCAUCACCUGCACCGCACCACUGAUGGGGGGCGGGGGGGGUCUUCAUGGAGGAUGAGCAGAUAGGGACUGCCCUGUGUGUGGGGCUGGCAGCCCAGAACCUCUGGGUAUCUCCUUUGGGCUGCUGAGGCACUGUGACGGUGGGGAGAAUCAUUUGUUACACAGAGUUGCUGUUGGCAAGCAGAAGGAACCCUGGCUGCCUGAACUGUGCCCAUGCCUGGGGGACCAAGCCACCACAGGCGUUGGGCCUCAGACACUGUCCCAGGAGAGCCCUGUCCCCAGUGGAGUGCCUGGCUUCCUGCUUAGGCCCCUUGCAUUGAAGGAGCGGGCCCUGCUGGCCCUGGGCCCGGUCCUGGGGGGACCACCCCAGGCCCUGCCUGAGCCCCACCCACAGAGCCAGCAGCUUGGGCUGAGAUCAACAGCUUGUUUUCAGAUGAGGAGCUGUCCCUUACAGACUAAACUGAGGGGAAAGGCAUGUUGCUUUCCAGAAGCAUGUGGCUUUUGAAUUGAUACAAGCAGUCUCCCUGGAGGAUGGUUUUGAGCUCCCCUCACUCUGGUUUGCCUCAUUCAGGGCAAGAGCAAAGCAAACCUGCUACUUCGGCCUCCCUGGUGAUGCUUUGCCUCACUUUUGAGGGGAGCAUCCUCCAACCACUUAGUCUUAGGCCCAGGGCUCUGAUCACUUGUGCGGCAUCCCUGAAGGGGGCUCACUCUCCAGCACCCAGCCCUCCCUUGAGCCUUACCAGGGAAGGCUUGGUUUGCAGCCACAAACUUCAGGAAACUUAUGUCCCCAAGCAUUGUUGCUGGCCCUGGACUUGUUAGGCUCCUGUAGACCGGGAAUUUCAAAGAAUUCCAAUAUCCAAUUUAGAAUUCCUUCCAGGGGCUUUGUUUGCAGCUAGACCAUAAAGCAGAGGGGAAUUAGAAAUGGAUCCGGUGCCUGACUUCCAGAAUUAGUUUGGGGUGGGGGGAGGUCACAGGCACUGAUAUUUGGGUGAUGUCUGUUAGGACUUCAGCGCCUCAGCUGUCUAGAUUGUAAAUGCUUUCUGAAUUUCACAUAUUUUUUUUGCAUGCCUUAGGAAGAAGCACAUAGACGAAACCAGCAAAGUUUCCAGUAAUGUAGAGGGGUUUUUGAGAAUAGCCCCUGGCACAGAGGAGAGACUGAGAAAGGAUGGAGCACAUAUGAUCUGUGUGCCUGGUUACUCAGAGGCCUCCAUGCAAGUAGCAAAGCAGGUGUUAAGGGCUUGUCAGUAAAAUGUACUUGUAUUAGAAAAAAAUAAUCUAUAUUUAAAGCCAAAUGAACAAAACUCAAAAUACCACUAAAUAAGAAGUCUUGCAUGAAGAAAGCCUUCUGAAAAGGCCCAUGUGUUCCAUUCCCAACUCCCAAAGCUGGUGGUGACAAGGGCCCUAGUGUGGAGCCCAAGUCUGGGAGCACCUCACUUCUGGUGGGCCAGAGGCUGGGGUCCACAUGGGCCUGCCUCUGCUUCAGAAUCAAUAACGUAGAUCUUAAGUGCAAUUGAUGAACUAAGCAAUGAGUUACUGUAGCUUCUUUUAGCUCUACUGAGCUCUUUUUAAAAACUCAACCUUGAGCAGCCUUAGAGAAGGGAGAAGUGGGGUGGGUGGGUGGGGUAGGGGAACCAUAGGCCAUUUACUCCAGGUGGGUUGCUGUGAACUUUUAAAUGAAAGCUCUAGAUUGAGGAGCUCGAGCCAUUUCCUGGUGGCUGCACAAAAGAGUUUUUAAAAAGGGUUCAGAGCCCGCGCAUAGAAGCGGGUCUUCCCACUGCGUGGGGCUGCACUACGUGGUGGUCUUGGUUUCUGACCGUUGUCCGCAGAAAUGCUCUCUCACCAACUUGCCCCACUACCCCAAUUCCUCUGCUGUUAGAGGGAAAACUGUGAUUACCUCAACUUGAAUAUGAAACUGUGAUUGAAAAAAGUCAAAACGUUAAGAAGUUCCAAAGCCAAAAAGGCAGAACUGGCUGAGGCCUCCAUUGACACUCCUCAGCCUGCUCGGGAGUGCGAAGGGGCACACUGGCGAAAGGGCAUUCCUUGGGGCGCACUUGCUGUGCCCCUGGUAAAGAGGCACACUGACUGUGUGAGCUCUUUGAGGACUGAGGCAGGGAGGAUGCUCUUCCCCUCCCCCCCCCCCACGCACUGCCCCUUCUGGAACCUGCCAGGCACCUCUGGGUUCUGACUGUGAAGUUUAAUAUCCACUUGAUUCCUCUGGGAGCUCCACGUGGAGGGACAGGGUCUUAGGCUGUCUCCAGAGGAAGGGCCAUGACACUGUGUUGUAGAUUUUGACCGGGAGUGGAUGCCAGGGACCCAGCAGAGACAUCAGAUGUAGUAGGUUCCGUAGGGACAGGCAGAAGUCCUCCAGGGGCUUACGUGCUUUUUGCCAACUUUCCUAUUAGCAGCUUCAGUUUUAUAUCACCCAGAGUGAGUGUGAUAAUUUGAAGUCGCUGAAGUUAUGGGUUAUUUUACGUUUUGAUGUGGGACUUUUUUUUCUUUUUUUUGAUUGGAAGGAGGAGGCUGAAAUUGGAGAAAAGGGAUCACCCUAGGAAGGGGCUGCUGGCAAGGAGUCCAGUUGGCCCCAUCCGAGCCCUGGGGGCUCUCUGACCUGAGGCCAGGACCCUGGGCCCUGGGGGUCGCAAGAAAAAGUUCCCUCCUAAAUUCUAUUAGGAUUUUGGAGAAUUUUUGCACAGUAAUAAGCUCUGGGUUGCUCUUUGGGCUUCUCAAAAGGGAAAAGUUAACUCAAAGAUUGUAAACUAUUAAGUAUUCCAGUGUGUCGCUGACCUAGUUGGAUAGUUGUACCUCAAAAAGUAGGUGAGAAAAGGCUUCCUUGUCCCAGGUUGUCAAAUACUAAUGACAGAAGAGCUCACUUACGUGCCAAAAUUCACUUUUAUACUAGUUUUUCAGUGCUUUAAUAUUUGUAACUUAAAUUUUAAAACUCAUAUUUACAAACACUACUGUAACUUCAGUGAAACUGAAUUGUGUGAUUGAAGCUUUUUGCUUAUUAUAGUAUUUAUUACACUACUUAAUUCAGUAAAUAUAUAAAAGUAGCCUUCAAUUUAUUUUUAUAUUAUUUUACAUGUUUUUACCUGCAGUCGUGUAUGUGAAUUUACCUUGGUAACUGAGAUGUCAUGCUAAGGACCAAUAAACUCUCACUGAACAAGCAGGAC